CGCGUAUGUUUUGAAACGUACGAUUGUAUCGAAGGGUGGUAAAAAGAUGUGCGGGAAGUCUGGGUCGCGAGGUAAUAUUCGCACGGUUGUGUUAGCAGCAUUGAACGCGUGAUUAAAAAUGGUUGCCAUGGUAGGUGGCACUCGCAUUCCGUGUAAUUAUGAUAAAUAUUUCUAAUAUUAUAAGUGUAAGUAAUGUUCGUUUGUGUAAAAAGUGACGAUAAUCGGACUUGCUCCUGCGAUAAAUGUUUAAAUCGUUAUACGAGCUGUAGGAAUAUUGUGAACGACUUGUGUUGUGUAUUCAGUGUAGCACUUAGUUAUAUCAGUAUUGUAUAGACAGUAUGACGUUUGUGGCGUUUGGUUUAUAAGUUUCUAACGUGAAAUUACCGUACGUGUGGUGAACCAAGAAAUACAAACAAAUUUGGUGUAAUGGUUGCAUUACGUGUUAGUUGUGGCUCCAUUAUGUUUGUGUUUCUGAGAAGAUAUUGAGAAGGCCGUCCAAAUGGUACUUUGAUUAACCCAAAUUCCGGGCAAACUAAGGAUGUUUUCAGACAGUUCUGUUCCGCCCUGAAGUUCCACUGAUUUUCAUUAUAAUGGGUUAGGCUAGACUCCACCUUCCCAAAACUUUUGAAUGCGCAAGCACUGGUAAUCUAGUUAGUGAAGAAAACAAGCAAAAUAAGAUUUAAACAAUUGCUGAAAAUUGAUUUCCCUGCGAUGGCUUUUGCCAUCACCUGGUGCCAUUGUACGGGGUAAAGUUGAGGCUGAAAUGGAUGAUGGAUCACAAAAACUACUUGAUGUGAUUGAUGAUCCGUCUGCCCUCGAGUCAUUUCUGGGCCUCAACUCAGAAGCACUUCAGCAGUUACAUCAACUACAAGCCCAGCAAAUUCAACAUCGGCAGCAACAGAGACAACUUCAGCAGCCACAGACUCCGUCUCAGCAAAUACAUAUACAACAGAGGCAAAACCAACAACAGCAUCAUCGGAAGGAACUGGUGCAGCAAUCUCCAUCUUUAUUGCAGCAGCAGCAACAACAACCACAACAACAACAAAAACUACAGCAAUUGCAACUACCACCGCCUCCACCAAAACCACCCCCACCUCCUUUGCCUGUUCCGCCUCACACUCCUCCACUUCAAGCUCCCCCACAGUCUUCACAUACUCCUCCAUUGACAACUAAUACACCAUCUCCACUACCAGGUCACAUAUCACCUGUGACUACAGGAAUUGUAUCCUCUCCCCAUACUCCAUCAUCACCCCAAACUACUUUGCCUCCUCCUCCACGACAAUCGCUGGUUCAACCUUUGUUACCACCCCCUCUGCCACCACCGCCUCCUUUACCACCACCUUCUCUACCACCACCUCCUCCAUCAACACUUCCUUCACCUUCUGCUCCACCUCUACCCUCUACAUCUCCUUCACCUCCUCCAUCACAAGUAUCUUCUCUUCUUAGUUCAGUUCCAUCAAAAGCGCCGUGUGCCUCAACUCCGUCUUCUCCAACUCUUCCUACAGUUAUUCCACUUUCACAAUCACAAACAUAUUUACCAUCAUCUCUGGUUGUACCCGUGUCGACACAACCUUCAAAUUCAUCCCUCCCUGUUUCUCAGAAUUCAGAGCAACACCAAGAUCAACAGUGCCUACAGAAAGAUAAAUCGUGUGAACAAGAGCAUCUUAAACAUAAGGGCUCAUUGUGUCAACCUCAGCAUCUGCACAGCCUUGAUCAGCGAGAACAGCAAGGAAAACAGGACAAACAAGAACAGAACUUCCACAGUGGCACACCAGGAAAUCAGUCCCUAUUUGCAGUGCCUCCUACUGGAGUUUCUUCUGUUGCUUCUGCCACCACUGUAUCAACAACAUCGAGCAUCAUUCCUCCGAGUAUUGUUUUUACUGCAUUUCCUCAUCAAGCUUCCGCCAGUGAACCUACUAGUUCAUCUGUUACAUUGGUUACAACCACGCCUACACAGGCAGUUAUUGUGUCGUCUGCUUCUCACCAGGGCUUUCUUUUCACUCCUGUGACUGCUGUGCCUGGUGUACAUAACUCUUGUACAGGGGUUGCUGUCAGAUCUGCAGUUGCUGUUGGACCUUCAACUUCUGUUGUUGGAUCUGGUGUUCCUGUAAGUAGUUCCGCAACAAUAUCUCUUGGGACUUCAGGCCUACAAAUUGGAGGCUCAGGCAUGCCUGUUGGUUCUUCUGGGAUUACUAUAGGACCAUCAGGACUGACUCUUAACACUUCUGGGAUAUCAAAUAUUCCUAUAAGUUCUGCUACAUCUGUUUCGGCCAAUGUUGGCACUGGUACAAUUUUUGGAUCUGGUGGGAUUCCUGUUGGCUCUCUUAGUUCGUCUGGAGUUCUUGUGGGCCCUGGUACUGUAUUUCCUUCCACCGGUAUUCCCAUUCCUACAUCAACUCAUACUGUUUCUUCCCCAGGUUCACCGUUUUCAGUACCCACUCGAUCACCUGCUCCUCAUGCCCCUCCUACUCCUUCUCCCAGCCCUCUUCCUUUACGUUCACCAGCAUCAGUGCCACCUCAUCCUCCAUCUCCUGCUCUGUCUCCUUAUCAUAAUCCACUGCAGUCGCCACAAAAUCAGUUAUCCUCAAACUCUACUUCAUUCGUUCAUUCAUCAUCAAAUACUCCUGGCAAUUUGAUGAAGGAUUCUUUUACAAAUUUAUCUGUUGUACAAUCUGCAAGUGCCAGUCAAGGUAGUAACAAUUCUAAUUCGCAAACUGGCAGUUUUGUUUUCUCUGCAUCUACUCCUAGUAAUUCUUUCAAGGAUGCUUUUGGAAACAUUCAGUCAACCUCUAAUCCAUCUGUUGUGGUGCUGCCUCAGAGAACAAGUGGAACAGUACCAAAUGCUGCUCAUCUGUCUGCACAAAGUAGAAACUCCCACUCUCCUCAAGUUUCACUGGCUAAUCUUCAGAGUCCUCAGUCAAUUAUUCUUUCACAUAACAAUGGUGUCAAUAUUCAGACAUGCUCACUAAGUGUUGCUAGUCAAAGUCAACCCUCGCAAACAACUGUUUUAACCAAUUCAUCUUCAAACAGUGUACAGAGUUCAAGUAGUAGUUUAGGCCAACAAUUGAAUACUUCAAGUAUAUCUUCUGCAAGUGCAAUAUUAAAUCACCUGAAUGCCAACUCGGGAGUGAAUGUGCAGAGCACCCAAUUAACGUCACACCUUUCAUCCAGCAUUCAGUCUCCUCAGUCAUCAGUACUCACAGGAAAUGGACCUACUAGAUCACCUGCUCCACCAGGGAGUAACUUGACCUCUGCAACUUUAACUCCUGCUCCUUCUCCAUCACCACAACAUCGUACUGUUCCUAGUCCAGUGAUUCGUUCAACCACGCCGACUCCUGGUCAAGCCACAGUUGUUCAUCAGACCUUACCGGCAGGGCUUACCUUGUCUGGCACACAGCAGUUUCCUGUAGUUCCUCAGGGAGGUGCAGCAAUGCUUCAAGCUGGUAAUCAUCAAGUACUGCAAAUUUUUCACCAUCCUCCGGCUUCUGUACCAGGGACUACUUUUCCAGCACAGACUCAAAUUAUUACAACAGCAGGACCAGGCACUCCUGUUCAUAUUCAUGCAGCUGCAGCUGGUGCUGGGGCUGUGCCCACCAAACCAAAACAACCACCGCAGAUCUUGCCAAAACCUCCAGGUUCUUCUGCAUUGACGGGUGGAAACAACCAUCCUAAAAUUACCAGCAACAGCAGAGCAAAUAUUGCCACUUCUGCACCUCAAGGUCUACAUGCUUCUCACCAUGGUGCAGCUGGAGCUCAAGUUGUGAUUGGUCAAGCGAAUCAGGCUGCUGUGAUACCGACUGCACCGGCUGGAACUUUUGUCUUGAAUCAGGUAAUUCCAGGAUUAACUUCAGGGCCAUUUCUUGUACAACAAAAUCCAAAUGGAGGUGUUCAACUUAUACUGCGACCUCCUACUCCUGGAACUCAAACUCAGGCUGUGGGUCAGGCUCCCCAAACGAAAGGCGCUCCUCAUAGCAGUUCUGUUUUGAUUUCUGGCCAUGGAACUCAACAGUUGCUGCAAAAUGCAGCUCGGCAGCAGACUAUACCGCAGCAGACACAGCAACAGCAACAGCAGCAACAACAGCAGCAACAGCAGCAACAACAGCAGGUCCUCCGUUUAAUUGCCCAAGGACCUAUGCAUCUCCAGCCAAUACAGACAGCAACAGGGCCAACAUUUAUUGCAGUUCCAUCUGCUCAGACACUAAGUCUUCAGCCUGUGCCCCACCUAACUACCUCUCAGCAACCGUCACUUUCUUCUCAGCAAGCAGCAAGACAGCCUGGUACUCAACUUUCAUUGCAACCACCCAGCAUUCUUCCUACUGUUCUUAAUAACCUUCAGUCAUCUGUACCUCAGAGUGGUGUUCGAGGAGGCAAUAGUGUCCCAAGUUUGAACAUCAGUGUUCCAAAUUUAAAUAUAAGUGCUUCAGCAAGCUCAAGUGCAAGUUGUUCUCAAUCUAAUUCAAUAUUAGGUCAAACGGUGACUUUACCAUCAGUUGUGAAUCAAAGUUCAUCUGUGAUACAUCAGAGUCAGACUACAAAUCAUGUGCAGGAUAAUAGUGCAAACAAUUUAAACAUUAAUAGUUCAAAUAUUAUUCGAUCUAGUGGUAAUGUCGUACUACAUCAGAACUCAAGUGCAGAUCUUUGUGGUGGAACAAGUAACCCCUCUGUGCCGAGAGAAUCAGUUUCAAACCAGAUGGGACUACCAACAAGUCUGCCACCACCUAAAAAGAAACCAAAGAAAAAGAAGAAGAAAAAGAUGGAUUUAGCAAAUAUCAUGAAACUGUCUGGUAUUGAUGAUGAUGAUAUGACUAUGUUUGACCAAGAGGAGCAGUCAAGUCAAAUUGUGGGUAUACCAGCUCCAAGCAGUAGUCAGCAAGUUACGGAACAUACACACAACUCAUCGCAAUCUCAGCUUUUAUCUCAGUUGCACAGUUCAUCACAAGUUCCGAUUCAUAGUGGAGCUCCAGCUUCUUUAAGAUUUACUUUGGAAGAUGGAACUGUUGUUCUUCAGUCUACUCCAACCUCUGUACAAUGUGCAGAUAGUCAGCAACAGAAUGCAACUUCCAGUUCACCGCACCUUAUUUCUACAGGAACCAACACCACUAACACAAGAACCUCUGGUUCUGCCUCUCCUUCCCCUUCAGCUGGAUCACAAGCAAAUCCUGCCCACUUUGUUUCUACCACAUUUGCGGCAAAUGCCCAACUGUCACAAAGUGCUAGUGCAACGUUGUCAGAGCGAUAUGUACCGUCUGCAAAGGCAUCAAGUACAUUUGUCAGAGACUUGUUUACUGAGGUUUCUUUAGUUGCACAACAACCUCCAAAUAUAAGCAUUAAAAACAUUAGUAAGGUUGAUAGUGUUGUAUCAAAUUCUGGAAAUUCGUUGGGAUUUGCUGUGUCGUGUAAAACUACUAGUGAUAUAAAAGAUGCUGUUGCAAAUAUUGCAUUGGCUCAAACAUCAGGAAAAUUGGCUAAUACCAAUUCCACAAAUAUAACCAAUAGUUCUGGUGUUUUAAAUUCGCCGUGUAUUUUGGGUACUGUGAAUCCCUGUAGUACAUCGGUUACAAUGGUGAGCAACAGCUCUGGAAGUAUCAGUGUUCCUUCAUCUUUAAUAAAUAGUAGUGCCUCAGGAAAACCAUCAAUGAACAGCCACAGUACUAACGCAUCAACUAAUACUCCAUUAUCAAGAAGUUCUUCAAAUCCAAGUACAAAUUCCUCAAGCAGUGUGAAUAUUCAGACAUUCAUGCCAUCGGUGCAUUCUUCAAGUACUCCUUCAUUGCGUAACUGUGUACAACUUGACACCUCAAAGUGUUCAUCAGUUGCUACAAUGGAGAAUUCCAAAUUAUGUUUGACAACAAUUUCUACAAAAAUGCCAUCUUCUAGCCCACCAUCCUUCACUAGCCCAAUUAUAUCAGUAAAUCAUUCAGAAAGAAUAGUUUCUGGGAAUUCAACUAUGACACAAACAGAGGCCAUUGAAAUGCCAACAACAGGAGUGGCAACUAGCACAUCUUGCACAAGCAUGCAUUUGAAUUCAGUUGGUUCUCUGACUGUGCCUAAAAUGGUAGAUAACCAUACAAUGCUACUUCCUGUAUGUUCCACAGCUCCAUCAACUACAUUUGCUGCUUCAAAAACAACUAUGGCAAACACUGAUGGCACUCAUAUGUUUCUUGGCCUACAUUCAAUCCAGAAUUUACAAGGUUUAGUGUCAUCAACAACGAAUGUACCAUUAAUGGCCACGCUUCCUCCAGCAUCAUCAAAUGCACCUUCCAAUAGUUCAAAUUUCAGUUCCCCAUUGCCUUAUACAGGGACUGAACAGUUAGUAAUUGCUCAUCAAGGAGGCAUUCCAAUUGCUGGACCCCAAUUGCUACAGUGUCUUCAACAAGCACAAGGGCAACAAACAGGCUUGAUGAAUAUGUCUCCAAUUACUACCCUUAGCAAAGUCUUGGGUUCCACAUCAGGUUUGACCUUUAAUGCUGGUACAAUUCUCAUUGGAGGGAAUACAGUUGAAAACUUCAAUAAUAAUCAACAGAAAUCCAGCUCAUCACUAGUUACUAAUAGUACAAAAUUCAUUCCUCAACAAAGUGUUUUACUUCAGCAAUUAAAUUCCGGCUUACGGCGGUGUUCAACCGAUUCAACUACUUCCUCAAUUUCUAUAAAUAGUCCCCCUCCAGUUAUUGGUUUAAUUAACCAAUCACAAUCACAACCGAGCCAAACUAUAGCACAGGUAUCAUCUCGAAAAAAUACCUCGCAACAAUCUAUUGAAACGCAAACUCAGACUGUUGCUAUUGGUGUACAAAACGCUGGUCAGAAUUCUUCUAAUGUUAUUCCUAAUAUUCAAAACAAUUUUCUUGAGAGCAUUGCUCAGUCACAUCCUAGUCUAAUAGUGAACAAAGUUGAAAAAACAGCACAAUUUACUAGUGUGGCAAAUUCUUUAGCAGGACAGGGUACAAAGAAAAAGAAGAAGAAAGUGGAAAGACAAAUAACAAAAAUGGGUACAGGAGGUACUGUAGCAUCAGUAACAGCAAUGCAAAACCUCAACCAAUUUGAUUCUGUGAAGGUUUCUUUACAAGAACGAUUGAUUGCCAAAAAUACCAGUCAAAACAUAAUAGUAGGAAAUUCAACUUCAGUUCCAGUUACUACUGCAAAAAUUGCCUCGGAAACAACUACAACUACAUCAUUUUAUGUCACUGCACCAUUUACAGUUAAUCCAAAUAUAAAAGGACCAACAAAUAUUACUCCAGCAACCACAACUGUACCUCCUUUAUCUUCUGUAUGUUCUGCUAAUCAAAAUACUGGUCAGAUAUCCGCGGGUGUGUUUUGUCAGUCAGGAAACAGUGUAAGUACCACUAAUUCUCAUUUGACUUUACCAGUUGUAUCCGUAUCACCACAUUUAAACAAAGUGACAAUGCAGCACACAAGUGCUAUUCCUGGAAAUACUGAACAUAAUCAAAUUUCUAGCAAUGGACAAACUUGCAGUAAUUCAUCCCAACCUCCACCUUUGCAAUUUCCUCAUCACCAUGCUUCUUUACGUCAAGAUCAACCGCAACAUCCUCAGAAUCCACAACAGUCUCAGCAGCAACAGAUACCAUUAGCAGCACCACAGCAACAACAUCAACAACAGCAGCAACUACAACAACAACAGCUACAACAACAACAACAACAACAACAACAACAACAACAGCAGCAGCAGCAGCAGCAGCAGCAGCAGCAAUCUCCUUCAGCAUCCAUUAUAGUGCGCAAUCCUGGAUCAGCACAAGGUGUGGCAACUUUUACUGGAAUUCAGGCGCAGAUUUCUGGUUUACCAGGAAGUAUCUUCCAGAAACUGCACACCAUUCAUCUUUCACCACAAAGUCAGAAGCAGUUGAAGGCAGUUCCUUUUCAAAUCCAAUCCAUAAUGGCGAAGAAAAAUCCAGCUGAUGAUGCUGCCCUUCAUAUGCUGUUCACCCAACAGCGAAUUGUGACUACAGGAAAAGUGGUUCCAACUGUAACUGGCCAAUCUACACAAGGUUUACAGUUUUCAAGCACCACCACAAAUCUGGCAUCACUGGGAAUCGACAAACAACAGCCGCAGGUUGCUGCUAAUGUAACUCUCCUUCAAGGUCAAGGAAACCUGGCAUUGCUACAUGCUCAGCUUCCACAGUUAGCCUCUGCAUCAAGUAGCAACAGUUCCUCCGCAGGAGGAUCUCCUGGAAAAUUGCCCUGCAGUAUCUCUCCAAGUGGGAAUAAGACUACAAACCCAGUUUUUUCACCUAAUAAUACCAAAGUUCAGGUUGUGUUUGCACCUAACAAAAUUACGCAAUCCACCUUCUCACCAACUGGUGGUAAAUCAUCGGGCAAUAAAGUUCAGAGUGUUUAUGUAUCUAACAGCAAUAAUAAUAAUAAUAAUAAUAUUAAUAAUAACAAUAAUACUAGUAAUAAUAUUGGUAGUAAUAAUAUUAACAGUGGUAACAGUAACAACGGUGGCACCAGUGGUAACAAUAUACACACUGGUAGUGGGAACAAAACUGUAGGAGCUCCAGUGUCACCUCCUGCAAAUGGAACACCAAAUAGAGGCGUGAAGCGUCCAGCUAGUAGCCCAUUACGACCAACAAUUAGCAGAAGUGAUUUAAUUGAACAACAAUUAAAAACGGAUCAAGCAGGUGCUUCUGUUCCGGAUACAAAAUCACCAUUUAUAAGCACUAGUGAUGCCUGCAAGCGAUUAAUUCGCUACCAUGUUUUCAAUGAAAAAGUAUUGAGCCAGCAAGACCUGGAGAAAGCGGAUGAAAUAUUUGAAGCAACAGCAAAGCAUCUUCUUGAUAAAUUUCGACAGAUGAUGAACAAAUAUCAUUAUUUGCUUCUGAUGGAAAGCACACGAGAAGUAAAUACUUCAGAAUUGGUCAUGAUUGAUAGAAUGUUCGUAGGAGAAGAACAAGGAGUUUUAGAAAGACUCAGAGAAGAGGAACGUAAAGCCAAAGAAGAGAGUAUCUACCAGAAGGAAGACACUGGCUCUAAUGGUUUUUUGUUAACUGCAAACAUCAAAACAGAAAAUGAAGACUCUGGCUCUGGAAGUCAAGUUGGUCCAUGUUCAAGUGCUAGUGAUCUGAAAGAGGUACGGGUUGUGGUGCAAGAUGUUAUGAAAAAUGAAUCUAUUAAAAGAGAGCUGGAAGAAGAUAAGAAAUUCACUGUAGUGAAGAGAGAAAAAUUGGAUCUUGAAGAUAAUUCUGAAGAACCAUAUCAUCAAACUAGCUCAUCUGCAUCAAAAGUAGAUCAAAGCUACGAUGAGUGGGAAGAAAUUCAGAAAGAGUUGAGUGUAUUUUGUCCUAGCGCUGGAGUGAAACCAGAAAAAAUGGACGCUGUGGAUAAUUCUGUCAGCACUCUGCAUGGUGAAAAUAACUCUGAUACGUGUGCUGAACUACAAGACUCUAAACUUCAUUCAAAUAAUGUAAAUAAUGCAGAUCCUAGUAAUACUGCUGAUUUUGCCGCUGCAAAUGCUAAUAUAAGUUUAGAUAUCAAAUUUUCAGGAACUAUGAAACAACUGGAAGUUGUACACAAUUCUCCUGAUAGUACAUCAGCACAUGAUUAUCAGACUCAAAAUGAAGGAUCAGAGAAGAGCACUAACCACACACGUUGUGGAUCAACUGAUGAACAUGAUUGGGCAAAGAAAUUUCCUAUAUCAAUUGGUGGUGUUAAAAAUAGAAGUGGUGUGGGUGGGCCUCGUGAUGAAGGUGGGGGGGAAAGUAGUACUGGUAAAGUAUCUGUGCACGGAUAUUCAAGUAGAGUGAGUAGUACAAGUGAAAGUGAGGUGAUUGAAAUUAAAGAAGCCUGUGAUAGUGUUGAGAAUACAUUGACCUUUUUGCCGAAGAAAAAGAGGCACAAACAUUUAACAUCCUGUUUAGUUCCAUCAGGAAAUGAAGGCACUCAUUACGUUCGAAAUGUUAUAAAUGAAAAUACAUGUGAUGAUGAUGAUGAAAUUAACGCUCAAGUUCAAAGUGCGAUUGAUAGCAUAUUAAAUCUCCAACGUACUGAGGAUGGUGUUGAACUACCUUCUAACUCAGUAAUUAACACAUCAUCCGAGAUAAGUGACUUAGAUUUACAAUCUGAGAGUAGGUUGAGAUUAGACACUGAUGUUAAAUCAUCAGAAAGCCGAACUUUGUUAGUGCACAAAAAAAUAAAGGGUGAUGUAACCAGUUCACAAAUGCGAUCUCCUCUUGUUGAGUACAGUGGAGAAGUUGAUUUUGCAAGUAAAGGUAGUGAUGUUAUAGUUACUAAUGGUAGGAGUGUGGAAGAUGACAGUACUGAAAAUGCAGACUCGGCAUUGGAUGAAGCUGUGAGGAGUAUUUUAACAUCCUGACCUCUGGAAAAUAUUGCACAACCUUUGUUGGGUUUUUCAAAUGCACAAACUGCUCCCAUUUUUAGUUCAAACUGGUCAACUAUGUGCUGAAAUUGCUUAUACAUUUAAGUGAGGAAAUCUGCAGCUGUACCGGUCCAAGAAUUGUCAAUUAACCAUUGAUGUAAUGAUCAGUGUACAGAAAAUAGCUGCAGUUUUCAAAUCAAAUUGACCAGGCAUGAUCGUAAUGGAAGCAAUCUAAUGAUCAGUUAUGGCAUUUUUUGCAGAGAGACAUUUUCUGAUCAUAUUUACUGAGAGUUUUUAACGCAAGUCCUCCAAAUGGUACUGUGACUUUGUACCUGAUUUUCUCAUUAAGUGUUCUAUGUGGAAUCUACAUAUUGUAGAAAAGAAAAUUUAUAAAUGUUUCAUUAAGUUCUGUUAAAAUGUGAUUUUGAGGGUGUAUUUGAUCCAUUUACAAAUAUAUAUGGAAAUUUUUAAAUUUUUUACAUGUUAGAUGGCUUGUGUAAUAGCUACAUCACUUCCAGGCAAUUUAAAACAGGCCUAUUUAGUAUUGAAAUAUUUUGAAAAGGGACAUGAAAUGAUACUUAAUUAUGUAAUAGUUACAUGAGAUGCAAAUUUACUGUGAAUUCUUGCUUAAGAAGAUUUUGCUCUAGGGACCUAAGAGUUUCAAUGCCUUAUGGAAACUUACCUCUCAAGUGACUGAUCAUUUUGUCGAAAUAUAAUGAUUUGAUGAACCCAUUUCAAAAUUAAAGAUUGCAAAUAAAGAACUUAAAAAAAUAUUUUGUAUUUAGUUGUCAAAUUUGAGCAUUAUUAUUUUGAGCCAAUAUUACUGAAUAACAUUUUAUUUUAUCCUAAUUGACUGCCUCUCAACAAGAACAACAACAACAACAACAACAACAACAACAAACAACAAACAACAACAACAAAAAAAGUUCAACUUGUAAAAAAUCUUGAAACAAUAUUUCCAUCCAGGCACUUGGUUUGAGCUUUCCUUUUUUUUGAAUCGGUUAUUGUAAUUGUUUAUUCUUCAGUUUCCUUAGUAACAUUCCAAAUAAUGUGAAUACUGAGGCAAUACCCAAUUAUCAAAUUAGUUAGAGCAUGAUUUUGUGAAUUGAUUGUUUUUAAGACUAGCCAUUCUGUAAAGCCAUUGUAGAAGACAGCAUGAAAUUUUAUUUAACUUUUUUCUGAUAAGAUUUU